AUGAUGUUGACUUCCGUCCUGUUGGGCGUCUUUGCUGCCGGGGUCGCAGUUGCACAGAAGGCCUGCCCUGGCUACCGUGCUACCAACGUUCAGCAGACGGCGAAUGGCUUGACAGCUGAUCUCAACCUCGCUGGGCCCGCCUGUAAUAUAUAUGGCACCGACUUGCACAACCUCACCCUCACCGUGGAGUAUCAAUCUGCUUCGAGGCUCCAUGUCCUCAUCGAGGACCAGAACAAGACCGUCUAUCAAGUUCCGGAGUCGGUUCUUCCCCGUCCCAAUACCACAGAAGGCACUACGGCCUCUAAUGCCCAGCUUGUGUUUGACUAUACAGAGAAUCCCUUCAGUUUUUCCGUCUCUCGACCCUCGGGAGAGGUCCUGUUCAACACGUCGGGAUCCCCCAUCAUCUUUCAGUCGCAAUAUCUUAGACUGCGGACGUCCUUGCCCAGCCAUCCAAAUCUGUACGGGCUUGGUGAGCACUCGGAUCACUUCAGGUUGAACACUUCCAACUAUACCCGGACUCUGUGGUCCCGUGACGCCUAUGGAAUCCCCCAGGGCACCAAUCUAUACGGGAAUCACCCGGUAUACAUUGACCACCGCGGGUCGAAUGGCACGCAUGGAGUGCUGUUCUUGAACUCCAACGGUAUGGAUAUCAAGAUCAACGACACCGCUGGCCAGUACCUCGAAUACAACACACUCGGGGGCGUUCUGGACUUCUACUUCCUGGCAGGACCCUCCCCAACUGAAGUCUCGCAACAAAUCUCCGAGGUCGUUGGCAAACCCGCCAUGAUGGCGUAUUGGACCUUCGGAUUCCACCAAUGCCGGUAUGGCUACAAAGAUGUUUGGGAGGUGGCUGAAGUUGUGUACAACUAUAGCGCAGCCAACAUUCCCUUGGAGACCAUGUGGACGGACAUUGACUAUAUGGACGCCCGAAAAGUCUUCACAUUGGAUCCACAACGCUUCCCUCUGCACAAGAUGCGCGAGUUAGUGGCGUAUCUCCACGCCCAUCAGCAGCAUUAUAUCAUGAUGGUGGACCCGGCAGUCGCAUAUCAGAACUACUCGGCGUUCAACAACGGCAACAAUUCAGGAGUCUUUAUGAAGAGGGCCGAUGGGUCAGUAUUCGAGGGCGUCGUCUGGCCCGGCCCAACCGUGUUCCCAGACUGGUUUCAUCCAGAUACUCAGGACUAUUGGAACGGCGAGUUUGCGUCCUUCUUCAGUCCCGAGACCGGGGUCGACAUUUCCGGUCUGUGGAUUGAUAUGAACGAAGCCUCAAACUUUUGCAACUAUCCGUGUUCGGACCCCAGCGCCUUUGCUAAAGAGAACGGCUUCCCACCCAAGCCGGCGGCGCUGCGAAGUGGUCCCGCCAUCGCCCUCCCCGGCUUCCCGCCAGAUUUUCAACCACCAUCAAACUCCAAACGACAGACGCCAGCCACGGGCAACAUGCUCGGUCUUCCGGGCAGGAAGCUUAUCAAUCCUCCUUACAUGAUCCAGAAUGCUGCCGGUGGUCUGUCGAAUAAGACCCUGAACACCGAUCUGGUUCAUUACAAUGGGCUGGUCGAAUACGACACCCACAACAUGUACGGGACCAUGAUGUCGUCUACUUCACGCAAUGCACUCCUCAAUCGACGCCCAGGAGAGCGGCCACUGGUCAUCACUCGCAGCACCUUCCUCGGCGCUGGUGCCCACGUCGGCCAUUGGACAGGGGACAACCAUGCCGACUGGGGUCAAUACGAGCUCAGUAUCUCGGCCAUGAUGAACUUUGCGACCGUCUUCCAGGUUCCAAUGGUCGGGUCAGACAUAGGCGGCUAUAGUGGCAACACUACCGAAACGUUGCUGGCGCGCUGGAUGAUGUUAGGGGCUUUCCAGCCAUUCUCUCGCAACCAUAAUGAGCUCGGAGAUCGGCCUCAAGAGGCAUACCGUUGGCCACUGACUGCGCAAGCGUCGAGAUACGCCAUUGACAUUCGCUACCGUGCUCUCGACUAUCUCUACACUGCCUUUUGGACACAGACGCAGACAGGAAAGCCCGUGUUGAACCCUCUGUUCUAUCUUUACCCCGAGGACUCCAAGACUUUUGGCAUCGACGCGCAGUUCUUCUUCGGGGAUGCAUUGCUCGUUUCCCCCGUCACGGCUGAGAACAAAACGACCGUACGCAUCUAUCUGCCCGACGACAUAUUCUACGACUGGAACCGUGGAUUCAGCCCGGUGCGAGGCAAUGCGUCGAUGGUGACCCUGAACAACGUCAACUUCACCACCAUCCCGCUCCACGUCCGCGGUGGUGCAAUCCUCCCUCUGCGAGUGGAGAGUGCAAACACGACGGCAGCCCUCCGGACGAAAGGGUUCCAUCUCCUGAUCGCCCCGGGAACAGAUGGGUCGGCGAAUGGAUCGCUCUACAUUGAUGAUGGACUUAUGAUCGAGCAACCCAGCACCACGUAUAUCAAUUUUACGUACACCAACGGAGCGUUCUCCAUGUCCGGCAACUACAGCUAUCCAGCCAAUGUCAGUAUCGAGCGGAUCACCGUUUGUAACGUUGGGUCGGCGCCACAGAGCCUCAACAUCCCUGGUGCGCAGGACUCGACUUUCUCGUAUGACAAUGCAACGUUGGCCGUCACGAUCAACACCAGCAUCCCAUUGACCCAGGAUGCUAGCUUCCAGCUGCCAGCGUCACGGAAUUAG